UUCUUCUAUUCCGUCCACAACCAUUUUAACCACUUUGAACCAUUUCUGUCAGAAUACCAGUACUUAUUGCAAGUGAAAAACACUUAAACUGAAAGACAAGCCGUUUUUCCUGUUCAAGAUACAUAUAUUGAACAUUAGAUGUAACAACACAAUUAGUUGGACAUAAAAAGCUACGAAAUUUCCUAUCUUGUCAAUUUUGACGAAUUUAUGGUUCUAUUCUAUCAGAUGGGUGUCGGUUUUAUAAAUUCGUUUAAUCGUGUAUUUACCUACGAUUGACGUACAUACUGAACGGUUAACCUUGAAGUGGAGUUUUUUAUUUCUAGCGAUGACCUCUAAGCGGGUUGUGGUUUCAGCUGUGAAUUGGUCUGAACUGUAUUCUAAAUGCCCGAAACAUCAAUUAGAUCAAUUCAGGGAGUUAAAGACAAAGUCAGACAAUCUUGUAUCAAGGAUAACAUCGCUUCCAGAAUCUUUGCCACCAAUUAAUUGGGAACACUAUGCCCAUGUUGUCGCAAUCCCAGGACUGGUAGAUAAGUUCAAGAAGCAAUAUACAGCUUUGUCAAUUGAAUAUCCUAAAGAUACAUCGGAUGCUAUCACUAAAGUUCAGAGCCAAGGAAGAAUUAUGGUAAGUGUUUCUUUUUACCUGACGACUUUGCAGAUAGCGAACGCCAAACGUCAUGCAGAUUCUUGUUUAAAGAUGAAAGCUAGUGCAGAAAAAAUGGUAGCUUUCCCUAAAUAACCCUUACUUUUACUAGAAAGCUGCUCUAAACAAACUGCCUCCUGUAGAUGAGGUUGUGCCAGAAAUCAUGGUUGCAUAUUUUGGGCUUCGGAGCGAACGAUUUAUCGAACGCCGGAAACCAAUAUCAUUAGGCAGUACGGCCAUUUUAAAAAGGUCUGCACCGCCGAUUCAUUGGGACUUCAGUUAACAUAAAUGACCAGUUCUAGUUACGUAUUCGAUUAGUUUGUACCCUCCAUGUCCCCUAAGUUUAGUGAAAAUUACACAUUGUUCUACUUAUUGCCAUUUCUAUUAGUUAUCUCAGCUGUCUAGAGAACUUCGGUAGCCAUGUAUUUAGGUUUUUAACUUUAUGUACUUAAACGGAUUCCUGUUGUAGUCAUUUGCGUGUUUGCGACGUUAUUUGAAAUCAGUUGGUCUUAAUAAAUUUUGAUGAAGGGCGAUAUCUGAAUUUUUAUGUAUCACAAGAAAGUUGGCUGGUACUAGUUACAACCAGGACCAAUCAGUCCGAUAACACUGGGUACUAGUAAGGUGAUAUGUAGCGUGUUUGGUUAUGACAGUAAUACACUCGUCAAUUCGUUUGUUUCUACUGUUCCUGCUACUAUAUGCACGGUAAUACGUCUUUAUCUGCACUUCUUAGUUGACUUUUGAUUUCAGUUGAUGGUAAAAAAGCUUACUAAGUAAUGGAUAGAUCUACAAAUAUGCACAUAGUGAAUACAGCUAACAAACGAGUGGCACAUUCCUAAGGACUUCGCUUCAUUCCGUACCACAAAAUUGUGUCUUAGUAACCGAUUUCAUUCACAAUUGAGAAUUGAUAUUGGAUUCCAGAUAUGCAAAACGAGAAGUGGUUUAAUUUAGUUGUCCAACUUGGAUUUCAUACAAAUGUAGACAUCCAGAAUUAGUGUCUAAGUAGAUUAUAAUUAAUGCUUUCGCAACUAACCCGUUGACUACCGAGAGUGGAGUUGUUUUCUAAAUAAGAAUUGUGUUCCAAACUGUGUGCAACAGGUUUAAGUGGGUUUCUGUGCCAGUACACUGAUUGUCCACUCCCUGAAAUCUAGUAAGCUAUUGUAAUAAUGAAGGCAAGUUCUUCCAAGUAAUGACAUGGUAUGAAUUUUACUUAAUAUCUAACCUGUAGGCGACUUACUUUUUUUAUCUUUCGGACUACCCGCAAAUUAUUGAACUCUUACUUAUUCGUGAUCGCUAAAAUAACGCCCUAUUAUCCACUGAGAAAAAGUCAAUGAGAUACUUAACGUCAGUUCACACAAAGCAGAUUAGCUGUCCUCUACGGUGCCACUGGUGAAAUAAAGAUAAUUUAAUUAAAUUUCUAAUCGCUUCUGCUAGUUCGUUUCUCAGUUGGGCGUCUUUUCUUUGCAUUUGAUAGUAUUGUAGAACAUCAACGUUGAUGGUCUAUGUCGAAUGAUUGAAGGCCUACUCGAGUUAGACGGGGACGGUAUAACGAAUAAGCUAACUUCGGAGUCACACCUUGCGACCAGCACCUUACGUGGAAGUCCCCAUCGACGUAUCAAGGGACCGUCGAUGGUCUGAAGACUGUACAACACAAAGGACGUUAUUACAAGAAUAUAUUAGUUAAGGUACAACCACUGCCGCGUGGGCCAGUCCAUGGCGUAUGAUUGAUGCGUGUUGACUAUUGAAACGUAGGAGCUGUGUCUCACGCCGAGUUGCAACGUGAUCUGGUACGGAUGCAUGACCGAAAGUCCGCUUAAACAACGUGGUUAGCAUCCAAUGUCGAACACUUAAUGAGCUAUUGGUUUUGGGGAAUUAUUUACAGCUACAGUAUCUUCAAUUCAGCGACAAGUAGCUGCGAUUCAUCUGGAUGACUAUUGACGUUCAAAUCUCGUACUAUCAACUCUCAAUCUUACUGCACUGUAAUAAACCGGCGGUUGGCAUGUAAAUGUAACCACUGAUCAUUUCAACCCAGAUAUAAUAAGCAAGACGUUAGCUUGGUACUUUAUGAUAACAGCAUGAUAUAUCGAAGAGUAGUAAUACCAGAAACUACUACCAUGGUGCUAAUGAACUUAUGUAAAUAGGCUGUUUAGACAAACUUGGGACGCUUGCGACAUUAUCCGUUCAGGCGUCAGAUAUUCUGUUGCUUUUCAGUAUGAAAAAUUAGUAAGUUGGUCCUGUGGUGUGUAAAGUUUUCUUACCCCACGACUCCCAUUCGUAGACCUUAAUGUAUGACGGACGAAACAAUCAACAUCUUCAGAAGUCCGCGCGAACACUUAUGGUUCCUAGAUUACUGGAUUUUUCAGGAAAUAAUUCCGUUUGCUUGCGACAUGAAUGCCUACUCUUUUUGAUUGCUCCUCAGUUAUUCGUUCACUUACCAACGCACUUGGAGGUUUUCGGAUACAUAAGGCUAACAAGAUGAACGCUAGCCAAAAUCCUGACAUCUCAGGUUAUGUAUGUUUGCUGUGUCCCUACGAUAUGCAUAAUAAUUCUAAGUAUAACUGCCCACUUAACUAGUAUGAUUCAGGGUGUUUUCUAUAGUUCUACCAAAUCCUACUUUGAGGGGUUAUGACUUAGUGAUAAUCACCAGUUGAGUGUACGCUGUUACAGAUACAAUGUCAUGGAUGUCUAACUUAUCAGUGAUUCGCAAACAGCUAUGACUUGCGGCCAGUGGAAGUAAAAUGUGAUUAGCCAUUGAGCGUGGAAAGACUAGGCUACCUACUGUAUAAUAUGUAAUUCCCUUCCUAUCAUUGAGUUCUACUCCAAACUUCGAAUGCAUACUGCCUGUAGUCGUGUUGCAUACUGUUCACUACCUACUCCGGUUCUCUAUAUUUGGUCAAAAAUCUUGCAUCUGGUAUAGUCGCGACCCCCAUCUACCUAGCAGACCAAUAGAGUAUCCAGUCUAGUAGUAGUAUAUUCUCGGCUACUUUUCGUAUCAUAUUGGUACGAUUUGGCAAACAGAAAUAGUUUCAUUCUACCGUCGUAUGAAGCUUUUAAACAUUCCACUCAACUUGAAGACAUCAGAACUCUAUUUCAUAAAGCAAGGGUUUUAAGUGCACUGAACAACAACCUGGAGAAACUAAACAUGAGUCUCUCACCUGUAAGUUUAUUUCAAAAAUAAACAGUGAGACAGUUGACUGUACUGGCUGGCUUGUGCAUUUUGUGUACUGAUAUAUUGGAUAUAAGUGACUUUCGCCAAUAUACAACUAAUCGCUGGGAAACUAGCAUAUUCACCUAAUGUUACUGAACUAGGCAUAUGAAUAAUCCAUAAAACUAGUGACUUUUGGUCUGUGCUUAUGUGAGACAGUACAGGUUUUCUGAGCAGAAUUCUCAAAGUGAUGGAAGCAAAGGACCGAAGACCCUAAGGGGAUUGGUCAGAGUCGGAAUGAUAGUUACACUCUUCACCCUUCUGUAAAUAGUGAACGUUUUAUUUAGCCGAAUCGACUCUUCCACACGUUCCUUAUUUCCAUGCUAUUACGUCUAUGCUGUUGAGAUGUGCGUCAAUGUGUUUUGUAUUUAUCCAACUAAAUACUAUGUAGCAGAUUGUUUAAAGUUUUUACUAUAAAAAAAUAUUCGAAGCAGUCACAAUAGGUGUAAUCAACUUGUAACAAUAUUAUGUUCUUUCUUCACAGGUUUUAUUAAUUUCCAGAUGGAGGAAAGAAUUAGACUGCUAUACAAAUGAUAAACACAAGUAGAGUUAUCUGUGUAUCUGUAGAAAACCACAAAUGACAAUAAGUAACGAAACUUUUUAUUAAGAUAAACAAACAGUUCAACUAUAUAUUAGAUGAAAAAUAUUCGCAGUAGCACAAUCACUCCCCUCAGACAUGAAACAUACUGUAGCAAGAAAAGUGUGUGAUAAUUAUUAGUAGGUAUUGUUCCACAAAGAGU